UAGAAAAGCUCUCCUAUUGUGCUAUUUGUCCUCUUCUACUUGACGAAGGUUUAUAAGCCUAUUUUGAGCACACAAGCCUGAAAAUUUAUGUAAUUGCAAUAACCUAGUCUCGAUAGCCUAAUGCACAAGUCGGCGUCCUGUAACGCUAUUCAUAAUCCCAAUUGAGAUAUUUUGAAAGUUGAUUUUAACAUUGAAAGCUAAAAUAUUUUGUCUAUAUUGAUUUUACUCUAUAUCUAAAAGAAAUGUGUUCUUUCCUUCGAUAUGGGCUUUUUUUACUCUACUGGGCUGGAGAGUUCUAUUUCAUCUUUCUGAUGCAACUGUUCUAUUGGAUAAGAUCAAAGUCUUUGAAAAUCUACCUGCUAUCACAAAAAGAAAUAUCUGAACUAAAACUUGCAUGCAUAGGUAUAAUAUUCAUGGCAAACAUGUUUCGUUUUUGGGUUGUAGGUCAAGCAUAUAAAUGGAUCUUGAAAAAGAUAAGAAGAAUGCAUAGAACACACAUGAUGAUGUUAUUAGAUUUGAAAAGUGGAUUGCUGGAAAAAAUUGUUACCAUGCGAGAAAUUCAUUUCGUAUUAAUGGAUAGCGUUAGAGAUUUUCGCAUCAAACCUGCCUUGUUUGCUGCAGUGCGUGCAUUCAUUCUUUCUGUACGCAUCACUUUAGAAAGGAUACAUUUAUUACUUGGAAGAGUCGGCUACAAAUUAGUAAAUGAGAUGUAUAAAAACUAUUCGAUAGGCCCCGCACCACUCUUGGACUCUGAAAAUGAUAUAUAUGUUGAGCAAGAUGAUGUAUAAAUGUUGAUCAAUAAAUUGUUUAAUACUUUUGCA